AUGCGUGAAGGUACUUGUAAGCUCAAUUACAAAGAUAAAAAUGGUGAAGAAUUCUAUGUAGUGGCGAUUCCAGAUAUGGUUGCCAAGUGGAAAUCAGACAAAUCCAUACCACUUGUUGAUGUCGUGCAAUCAUUUGAUGUUUUUACCAGUCCAGCUGGUGGUAAUAUUCUUCCAGCAGAUCGUCCUUCGAAAGGUCAAUUAGAAACUGUUUUUAAUACGUCCAAUCCUGAUGAUGUAGUAAGAAUAAUCGCUGAAAAGGGAACUGUCAAAAACUUUUAG